UUUUAGUUCCGCUGAUUGGCUACAACACUAAUCAGCAUUUGAUUACAGUUUUACUUUCAAAGAAAUGGAACGCAAAACCUUCAAACUUCCCUUUGUUCACUUUUUUUACAUCUUGUUCCUGAGUCACCUGGUGUUCUGUCAACUUGAUUAUAAAUUCUAUGAUAGCACUUGUCCGAACCUCACAAAAAUUGUUAGAUAUGGUGUUUGGUCAGCUAUUGCUAAUGAUACAAGGAUGGCAGCUUCUCUCUUGCGACUUCACUUCCAUGAUUGUUUUGUUAAUGGAUGUGAUGCAUCUAUCUUACUUGAUGAUAUUGGCUCAACAUUUGUGGGGGAAAAAAAUGCAGCUCCUAAUAAAAAUUCAGUUAGAGGCUAUGAGGUUAUUGACAAUAUAAAGGCUAGUGUGGAGAAAGCUUGCCCAUCAACCGUUUCUUGUACUGACAUAUUAACUCUUGCAGCAAGAGAAGCAGUUUAUUUUGCUGGGGGAUCAUAUUGGAUGGUACCCUUAGGUCGCCGAGAUGGCCGAACAGCAAAUAAGACUGCAGCUAAUGAACUCCCAUCACCUUUUGAGUCCUUAGAUACCAUCAUUGUAAAAUUCAAUUCAAAGGGUCUUGAUACAAAGGAUGUGGUUGUGCUAUCAGGUGCUCACACUAUUGGCUUUGCUCAAUGUUUCACUUUCAAGCCGAGGCUCUUCAACUUUGGUGGCUCAGGCAAGCCUGAUCCAGAACUCGAUACAUCAUUUCUCAAAGGUCUUCAAAGCGUGUGUCCGGAUCAAGUAGAUUCGGACACCAAUUUAGUUCCUUUAGAUUCUGUUACCAGUAACAGAUUUGACAACAGCUACUACAAAAAUCUUGUGAACAGUUCGGGUCUUUUGCAGUCAGAUCAAGUUCUGAGUACAGAUAAUAGAACUGCUUCAAUGGUCCUUAACUACAUCAAGUUCCCUUAUCUGUUUUUCACAGAUUUUGGAGCAUCAAUGGUGAAGAUGGCCAACAUUGGUGUGCUAACAGGACAAGAUGGGGAGAUAAGGAAGAAUUGCAAAGUGGUCAACUAGUCACCCUGGAACUUGUUUUCUUUUAGGCAACAAAGGAAGUCUUUUAUUUUCAUCAAGUGAACAACUGCAUGUAACCUUAUGCUUUUGACAUGUAAAAAUGUAAGGUGUAGAAACUGAUAAGUGCAUUUCCUGAUGCAAUGUGGGCCCCUCUCAAGCUUUUGUCUCAUCAGCUUGGUUCUAGCACAUCAAAUGCCAACUUGCAUUGCUGCUAUCAAUGCCAUAUCCAAUUCAUUAACUUAUUACCUCACAAUUUUUAACAUUUGGAUAUCAAAUCCAUCCAUUUUACUGUUAAAUCAAAGUCCUUCGACUCAUUUUAAGUUUUGCCUUAGUUUGUCCUUCUGG